AUGACCAUUUCUACCUCGUCGAAGCUACACAAAUCACAAGACUGCGUCGAAUCUGAUGUGAUCCGCGUAAUCUCUGGUGUCAACGUUCGACGAUUCGUCUAUUUGAUUUACGUAUUCGUAAGCAUCAUCUCAACAACUGUUCUUUACCUAUUCCCCACAGCGAUUGUUAUUGUUGGAUUUAUUAUAUUACAACUAUUGUUAUUGCUUUCUAUUUAUCCAUUGGUGAAGUUCGCAUUGAAAACGGAAGACUAUGAUGUCGUCUGGGAUCACGAGGGAUUCCACUGGUUCCAUCAAAGCAACAUCGCAGCCAGUGAGCCACCCAUUCAACAACCGUAUACUGACGGACCAUCAUCAUCACCAACCAACUACUACCUGAGUCAUAUGUUUAUUUAA